AUGGAAACCCUCACUACACACCCGUCCACCGCACAGCAGGCUACGGCCUUCACCUCACCUGCCUCCUUGUCUUUCCCAGGCGGAGCUGGAGAGCUGACGCCACCCUCUGAAAAAGAUGGGAAUCCCCAGGCGAACGGCACGAGCGGUUCAUACCCAGGUGGUCAGCAGCAACAGAAAGGAGCGGAUGCCUCAUCCAACGGCAACGGGGUGACUCCCACAACUCCUGCUGCGACCCCUGGUGCUGGACAAGGUGUUAGUGGAUUAGUACCUACCUUGCAAAAUAUCGUUGCCACGGUCAACCUUGAUUGCCGUCUCGAUCUGAAGACCAUUGCGCUUCACGCGAGGAAUGCCGAGUACAACCCUAAGCGUUUCGCCGCUGUCAUCAUGCGUAUCCGCGAGCCUAAAACUACCGCAUUGAUCUUUGCUUCCGGCAAGAUGGUAGUUACUGGUGCCAAAUCUGAGGACGACUCUCGUUUGGCGUCGCGCAAAUACGCACGAAUCAUCCAGAAGCUCGGUUUUAACGCUAAGUUCACGGAUUUCAAGAUCCAGAACAUUGUUGGCUCUUGCGAUAUCAAGUUCCCAAUUCGUCUUGAAGGCCUUGCGUCUCGUCACCACCACUUCAGCUCGUACGAGCCUGAACUCUUCCCUGGUCUCAUCUAUCGUAUGAUCAAGCCGAAGAUUGUGCUCCUCAUCUUUGUCAGCGGCAAGAUCGUCUUGACUGGUGCGAAAGUGCGAGAGGAGAUUUACCAGGCGUUCGAAAUGAUCUACCCUGUGCUGAAUGAUUUUCGCAAGGUCUAA